AUGCUGGUGCGAGGAGAUCGCGGCUUUCCACCCCGGAGGGAGCUGUCAUGUUGGCACCAUGCCCCAGGGAUGGAGGAAGUGGUCUGGGAGCAGUACACGGUGACCCUGCAGAAGGACUCCAAAAGAGGAUUUGGCAUUGCAGUGUCCGGAGGCAGAGACAACCCCCACUUUGAAAAUGGAGAGACGUCCAUCGUCAUUUCGGACGUGCUUCCCGGCGGGCCCGCCGACGGGCUGCUUCAAGAAAAUGACAGGGUGGUCAUGGUCAACGGCACCCCCAUGGAGGGGGUGCUCCACUCAUUCGCCGUGCAGCAGCUGAGGAAAAGCGGGAAGAUCGCUGCCAUUGUGGUCAAGAGGCCCCGGAAGGUCCAGCUGGCCCCGCUGCAGGGUGGCCUUCCGCUCAACGAGGAAGACCGGGCUUUCGAGGUGAUGGAUGAGUUUGACCGGAGAAGUGCCCGCAGCGGGUACAGCGACCGGUACAGCGAGAGGAGCCGGCUGCACAGCUGGGAGAACAGCCUGGAGCGGGGGCAUCCGCGCGACCGUCCGCGCAGCCAGGAGCGGGACCGCGGCCGGAGCCUGGAGCGGGGCCUGGACCACGGCGACUACGGCCGAGCCCGAGAACGGAGCCGCGGCCGCAGCCUGGAGCGGGGCCUGGAUCGUGACGACUACGACGGAGCCCGAGACCGGAGCCGCGGCCGGAGCCUGGAGCGGGGCCUGGACCAAGAUUACUACGAUGGAGCCCGAGAUCGGAGCGCGCGCGGCCGGAGCCUGGAGCGGGGCCUGGACCACGACUACGGGCGAGGCCGAGACGGCAGCCACGGGCGAGGCCGGAGCAUCGACCAGGCCUACGAGCGGGCCUACAGCCCGGAGGCGGAGUACCGGCCCCGGGGGCAGCCCGAUGCCCGCUACAAGAUGUCCCGGAGCUGCGAGCACCUCCGCCUGGGCAGCCCCACCCCUGAGCCGCGAGCGCGGCGGGACCGAGAAGCUGACAAGCCCAUCGGAGUCCUUCUGACGAAAAACAAAGCACAUGAAGAGUACGGUCUCCGGCUGGGGAGUCAGAUCUUCAUCAAGGAGAUGACCAGCACCGGUCUGGCCACCAAGGACGGCAACCUGCACGAAGGGGACAUCAUCCUCAAGAUAAAUGGCACUGUAACUGAGAACAUGUCUUUAACGGAUGCUCGGAAACUGAUAGAAAAGUCAAGAGGAAAACUGCAGCUGGUGGUGCUGAGAGACAGCAAGCAGACACUCAUCCACAUCCCAGCGCUAGAUGACAGCGACUCGGAAGAUCUCUCGGAAAUAGAGUCAAAUCGAUCGUUUUCCCCAGAGGAGAGACGGCAGCCAUAUUCCGACUACGACUAUCAUUCCUCCAAUGAGAAGCUGAAGGAAAAGCCCAGUUCCAGGGAGGACAUCCAGAGCAGAUGGUCCCGGAUCGGCUCCACACCCACUCCCUUCAAGUGCGCGGGGGACAUCGCAGCCGCUGCAGAGACCAGCCAGGAGCCCAAACACCAAGAGGAAGCCCCCGCUCCUCAACCGAAAGCGUUACCGAGGACUUUUCUUCGUCCCAGUCCUGAAGACGAAGCGAUUUAUGGCCCCAACACCAAGAUGGUGAGGUUCAGGAAGGGGGACAGCGUGGGCCUGCGGCUGGCCGGUGGCAAUGACGUCGGGAUAUUUGUGGGCGGCAUUCAAGAGGGGACCUCAGCAGACCAGGAAGGCCUUCUAGAAGGUGACCAGAUUCUGAAGGUGAACACCCAGGAUUUCAGAGGGAUGGUUCGGGAAGAUGCUGUCCUCUACCUGUUAGAAAUCCCCAAAGGCGAAAUGGUGACCAUUUUAGCUCAGAGCCGAGCUGAUGUGUACAGAGAGAUCCUGGCUUGUGGCAGAGGGGACUCGUUUUUCAUAAGGAGCCACUUUGAAUGUGAGAAGGAAACGCCGCAGAGCCUGGCCUUCACGCGGGGGGAGAUCUUCCGAGUGGUGGACACCCUGUACGAUGGCAAGCUGGGCCACUGGCUGGCCGUGAGGAUCGGAAACGAGUUGGAGAAAGGCUUAAUCCCCAACAAAAGCAGAGCGGAGCAAAUGGCCAGCGUCCAGAAUGCCCAGAGAGACAACGCUGGGGACAGGGCGGACUUCUGGAGGAUGCGUGGCCAGAGGUCGGGCGUGAAGAAGAACCUGAGGAAGAGCCGGGAAGACCUCACGGCCGCCGUGUCCGUUAGCACCAAGUUCCCCGCCUACGAGAGGGUUUUGCUGCGAGAAGCUGGUUUCAAGAGACCCGUGGUGUUGUUUGGCCCCAUAGCCGAUAUCGCGAUGGAAAAGUUGGCAAGUGUGUUACCUGACCUGUUCCAAAUUGCUAAAUCAGAGCCGAAGGAUGCAGGAUCUGAGAAAUCCAGUGGGGUGGUGCGGUUAAACACCGUGAGGCAGAUUAUCGAACAGGAUAAGCAUGCCCUCUUGGAUGUGACUCCGAAGGCCGUGGACCUGUUGAAUUACACUCAGUGGUUCCCGAUUGUGAUUUUUUUCAACCCAGACUCUAGACAAGGUGUCAAAACCAUGAGGCAGAGGUUGGAUCCAACAUCCAACAAAAGUUCUCGGAAGCUAUAUGAUCAAGCCAACAAGCUUAAGAAAACGUGUGCACAUCUUUUUACAGCAACCAUCGACCUAAAUGCAGCCAAUGAUAGCUGGUUUGGCAGCUUGAAGGACACAAUUCAGCACCAGCAAGGAGAAGCAGUUUGGGUCUCUGAAGGAAAGAUGGAAGGGCUGGACGAUGACGCUGAAGACCGCAUGUCCUACUUAACCGCCAUGGGCGCGGACUAUCUGAGUUGCGACAGCCGCCUCAUCAGUGACUUUGAAGACACCGACGGCGAAGGAGGCGCCUACACUGACAAUGAGCUGGAUGAGCCGGCCGAGGAGCCGCCGGUGUCUUCCAUCACCCGCUCCUCGGAGCCGGUGCAGCACGAGGAGAGCAUAAGGAAGCCCAGCCCAGAGCCACGAGCUCAAACGAGGAGGGCUGCUAGCAGAGAUCAACUUAGGGACAGUAGUCCACCCCCGGCAUUCAAACCAGAGCCGCCCAAGGCCAGGGCCCAGAAGAGAGAAGACUCCUUUGACUACUCCAGGGCCUAUGAAUACAGGCCAAGCUCCCCUCCAGCUGUGGCCGGUAACGAAAUUCCCGGGGCUUCUGCCAAGGGUCCUCCUCCUCCUAUUGCAGCAAAGCCUGCCGUCUGCAAGCCUAUAUUGAAGCCCUCCAUUCCAGUCCUUCCCCCCGAGAGCGAGGAGGCAGGGGAGGGCAGCGAGGAACAAGAUAAUGCUCCCAAGUCUGUCCUGGGCAAAGUAAAAAUAUUUGAGAAGAUGGAUCACAAGGCGAGACUCCAGAGAAUGCAAGAGCUCCAGGAAGCACAGAACGCAAGGAUUGAAAUUGCGCAGAAGCAUCCUGAUAUUUAUGCAGUUCCGAUCAAAACCCACAAGCCGGAGCCUGGCUCGCCCCAGUUCACAAGACCCCUGGUACCCCAAAAGAGUCCCUCCGCACUCUACCAGGAUGCCAGAGGAAGCUACAGCAGCGAUGUGGAGGAGGAGGAAUACCGCCAGCAGCUGUCAGAACACUCAAAGCGGGGUUACUACGGCCAGCCUUCCCGAUACCGGGAUACCGAAUUAUAG